AUGGCUUCCAUCAAAGAGCUCGGCGAGAGGAUUGCCAGCAACUCGGCCUUGGUCGAGAAAUGGCUGAUCAGCAAGAACGCCAAAAUGCCGUCCUUCGAGCAGGAUGCAGAGGAGGAAUUCCCUUCCACUGCCGGUGAUGCCGAGAUUGAGGUCGCGCGAUUGGCAAUCCUGGACGACACGAAUAUGCUUCAUGACAUGCUCAUUGGCCCGGGAGAGGUCCUGCGUCGGAUUUGCUGGGGUGAAUUCUUACCUGAGAUGUACGCCCAGGCUAUCGACAAUUCCGUCCAGCAAUGCAUCUACCACUUCAACUUUCUCAAGACCAUUCCGCUCGAGGGCGGCGCCACGUAUAAGGAGAUCUCAGCGAAGGUUGGUCUGUCCGAACCGCAGGUCAAAGCCAUUGUGCGCCAAUCCGCCAUGAACCGCGUGCUGCGCGAGAACAGCCCCGAUCAUGUCAUUCACACCGCCUCAUCCGCCCUGCUUCUGCGAAAUCACGCCAUGAUGGACUGGUACGGACACUGUGUCGAGGAGAUGUUCCCUGCCAGCGCCAAGAUCGCCGAGGCGCUGGAGAAGUACCAGGGCAGCACGGCGGCGGAGGACAGUGCUUUCUGCCUUGCCUUCAACACCAAGGAGCCCAUUUACAAGUUCCUUGAGCAACAUCCCGACCGACAGGCUCGCUUCUUCGGCGCAAUGGAGGGCGUUGGCAAGGACCCCGGCCACAGCCUUCAGCAUGUCGUGAAUGGGUACCCGUGGGCAGAACUCGGGAAUGCUACCAUCGUUGGCGGCUCAUCCGGCUUCAUGAGCGUAGCGCUAGCAAAGGCCCAUCCAAACUUGACCAAGCUGGUUGUACAAGACUACAAACACACCAUUGAAGAAGGCGCCGCUCAAUUACCCUCCGAAUUGUCCGGCCGGGUGGAAUUCAUGGCGCACAACUUCUUCGACCCGCAGCCGACUACUAAGGCUGACGUGUACAUCAUGCGUCACAUCUGCCACAAUUGGUCGACCGAAAACUGCGCCAAGAUCAUUCGAGAAAUCGUGCCGGUGAUGAAGCCCGGGAGCAAGAUCUUGCUGAUAGAAGUUGUUGUCAUGCCGUCGAACAUGGAGGAGUCGAGUGUCGCCGAGCGAUACAUGAGAAAUGUGGAUGUGACUAUGCUUCAAAUGCUUAAUACGCAGGAGCGGAGUGAGCCCGAGUGGCGGGAAGUUGUGCGCGCGGUAGAUUCUUGCCUCGAACUAACGCGCAUUUUCAAGCCCAAGGGCAGCUGGGAUUCGAUCAUCGAGAUUUCGUUGAAGUAG